CGCUGCUGCCUGACAUUAACACGAGUGAAGCUCAGAGGCUGGACUGACAUCCACAUCCAGCUGGACCCGCCGGCCCGUCUCACGGCCUCUCCACCGGGAGUAACUUACUGGAGCGCGAUGGUGGGCUUCCGAGAGCGGACAGUCGCGUGAGGACGACCCCCAGCUCCGGACGCGUUAUUUUACUGUUAUUUUAUUCUGACCGCUCGAGCAGGUGCGCGCGCACAGGAGCCAUCCGAGCCAGGGUCCGCGCUGAUUAAUGAAACUCUGCUCCGAAUCCCGGGCUGGGGUUACCAUACACCAUGUUAAGGUAAAGCCUAAGCUCGGGGUGUUGAACAUGCUAAAGAAGCUGGAUAAAAUAAGGUUCCGAGGUCCAAGGCGUGAUGAGUUCCUGGAUCUUGCUGAAUCCCCCACCGCCUCGGAUACUGAGGGCAGUGAGGAGAGCCUGGUGAAGCCUCGACCUUCACUACGAGACCCUGAGGAGCUGAGAGACCCUGCUGGUUCGGGGUCUCCAAACAUGGCUGCCAUGCAGGACUUGAGGAGUGGUUCGGGGUCUCCAAACAUGGCUGCCAUGCAGGACUUGAGGAGUGAUUCUGAACGUCUCAAUGAGGUCAAAGGUCACCUGGAAAUCGCCUUACUGGAGAAGCACUUCCUGCAGGAGGAGUUGAGAAAGCUGCGGGAGGAGACCAAUGUGGACACGCUGAAGCAGGAGCUGGAGAAGGAGCGAGUCAGGAGGCUGGACCUGGAGCAGAAGAUGAAUGAAGUCUUAAAGACCAGGUUAGAAGACUCACCUCCGCAGCCUUCUCGUAAGCAGCAGUCCCCUUCGGCCAAUGGCACGGAGAAGCAGCAGAAGGAGACGCUGUGCUCUCGGAUGCAGAAGUGGCUGUAUGAUCGCUUUGGUGUUUACAUCGAGGACUUUCGCUUCCAGCCAGAGGAGAACACAGUAGAACCGGAGGAACCUCUCAGUGCUAAAAGGUUAACAGAAAACAUGAGACGACUAAAGCGGUGUGCCAGACCCAUAACUAACUUCCUGAGGAACCUGUCAGCCUUAUCAAACUGGCACUCAGUCUACACGUCAGCAAUUGCCUUUAUUGUCUACAUGAAUGCUGCAUGGCAUGGCUGGGCCAUACCAAUGUUUUUAUUUUUAGCCAUUCUGAGGUUGUCUUUGAAUUACCUCAUUGCAAGAGGGUGGAGGAUACAGUGGAGUAUUGUGCCUGAAGUUUCUGAACCUGUGGAACCUCCAAAGGAAGACUUGACUGUGUCCGAAAAGUUUCAGUUAGUUCUUGACGUUGCACAAAAAGCACAGAAUCUGUUUGGGAAGAUGGCGGAUGUUUUGGAGAAAAUCAAAAAUCUGUUCAUGUGGGUGCAGCCGGAGAUAACUCAGAAGCUGUACAUCGGUCUGUGGGUGGCCUUCAUCUCAUCCUGCGUCCUGCCCUACAAGCUCGUGGGCUUUAUGAUUGGGCUGUACGCGGGCAUUAAAUUCUUCAUCAUCGACUUCCUCUUUAAGAGCUGUCCGAAGCUGCGAGACAAAUAUGACACCCCAUACAUCGUCUGGAACAACCUGCCCACAGACCCCCAGCUGAAGGAGAGGAGCAACGCCACCGUGUCCAGACGGCUGUCUGGGUGUGAGAAGAUUCAGCCGGUGGUGUCACGGAGUAGCUUAGCAACCAUCCCUGCCGGAGUGAGCCGAGAGGAGGAGACCGGACGAGCACACAACACCAAAAAAGGAGCUUUCCACGAGGUCUUCAACCUGCCCGAAACAGAACGACCCCUUCCAGUGUGUGAGAAUGGGUGGAGAUGCUGUUUAAUAAAUCGGGACAGGAAGAUGCCCACUGAUUACAUUCGCAACGGAGUGCUAUUUGUUACUGAAAACUACUUGUGUUUCGAAAGCUCCAGUUCCAGAUCAGGAUCCUCCAAAAAGAAUAAAGUCAUUAAACUGGUGGACAUCACAGACAUACAGAAGUAUAAGGUUUUAUCCGUUUUGCCUGGCUCUGGAAUGGGAAUCUCCAUAGCCACACCCUCAACACAGAAGCCCUUGGUGUUCGGUGCCAUGAUCCACAGAGACGAGGCCUUCGAGGCGAUCUUCACGCAGUACAUGAAGAUUGUGACCACAGGCUGCGCAGAGACCUAGCCCCCCGCUGACCCCUCUGAGAGACCAGCGCGUCUCCUCCUUUCUCUUCUCUUUCUCUCCUGGCUCAUCUGAAGCAGGCUGGAAUCAGCGAGGGGCGUGGCCUAAUGCACUCUCCCUCUCUUAUUCAAUUUAACUGCGUCUAGGUCAUCUAAUCUGAUGGACAGGAGCCUUACGUUGGUGGGCGGAGACAAAGAGGCGUGUGCACAUUCCUGUGGGCCUGACCGCCAUUCAUUUCGGACAGUGACGGCUCAUCACACAAAUAAGGGCUUGGGGGCGGGACCUCCUCGCUCGCCUGCUGCCGAUUGAAGAGUAGUGUAUAGAGCUGCAUAUAGACUAUGUGGUCUUUUGCUACCUUUUUUGGACCUUUUUUGGGGGGAGGGGCUCUGGUUCCUGCCGGGCUGGGCUUGCAAUGGGUUAUCCGGGGACUCGUCCUGUUGGGGGUGGCGGGAUUUUAAAGCUGCAACUGCGUAUUAACUGAUAAAGUGAAGCCUUUUUAUGUUAGUUUACAUUGUUGCUGUGCAUACGUGCACAUGCACACUCAACAUGCACAUUUACACACAUAUGCACACAUGCACAAUCACACUCGCACUCACACACACACUUUAAUCCCACGUUUGACCAACAGUGUGCUUCAGAUGUCUUUUUUUUGUCUUUUAUUGCAUCUGAUUUUUGAUGACUUCAGCUACAUAAGCUUUGUAGUUGGAGAAACUAUAGUUUUAAAUGUAAAAUGUUGCCUUUCUUUUAAAUUGUCUAUAUUUUUAUAACAGCCAAUAGAAUGAUUGAUAUUCGAUUGAAUGAUUGAUCGAUUGCUUGACUGAAUGUUGGGGAUUUUUGCACCAGUUGAGACUGAACUAAAGAAAGAUAUAUAUAUAAAAUAUAAAGCACAGUUUAGCUAGGUAUAAUUACACUGACAUGCAAAAAGUCAUGGGACAGGGACUGGUAUUGUGUCCCAAGAUUUUGCCGUGUCCCAUGUAGGCUAAUGUAAUCUGAACUGACCUGGCCAGAGUCACUUGUCUGUUUGCAUGGAUAGUUCUAGCCAGACACUGCCGGUUACUGCACUAUUAUUCACUGUCUGCUGUGACAUAUAUCUAACACAUUCUGUACACAUGUGACACUGAGGGAUGAGAAAUUUAAAGUAACAUAACCAUAAUAUUAACACAUAAUUCACCUCACCUUGCCAUAAGCACACUGACCAGUGCUCAGCCUCACUCUCAAGACAACACCUCAAUUUAUACAGGUGUGGCCAAUCCCAAGAUACUCCCUGAGGUAACACUUCACCACCAAUUUUGAUACAGCUGUCCCGAGACUUUUGGCAUGUCAUUGUAUAUUAAACUUAAGAUUCUCUAAAAUUUUAACAUCAUAAGAAACUGCUAUAUAAAACAUGAAGUACAAAAAAAGUAUUAUAUACAAAGUAUAUAAUACAAACCUAAGAUUACCUAAAUUAUUUUAAAAAAUCUGCACUGAAGGAUCAGGUCAUUUUCCAUUUCCAUUCUUAUAAAUGCUAUUUUUUACUAUAUUUUCAGAACUAAAACUCAAAAAAUGCGUCACAAAUAUAGCCUGGACAAGUGAGAUGAUCUGUAAAUGAGGGAAUACAUGUAAUAUUUCUCAUUUUGAGAGGGUUGAGAUGUUUUAAUUAUUAUAAUUAGAUUAAUUGACACUAGCCCUACCCAGACGGGACUAGUUCCUAGGGGCUUCUGGGGAAGUUUUCUCUUUUAUGGUGGGUCCUCUGUGAUUUUAUUCCCGUCCCAAACUACCAUGUAUGUGUUUUUCACAGAUGUCCUCUGAGAAAAUUACAAACUGAAUUACCUACAGUUUUUUGCUGAACUCCAUGGUACUUCUGUAAUUUUAGUCUCGUCUGAACGCACAUUUCUGAGCUUCGUCUCCUCGCAUUUAAUAAAAUAGCUAUUUGUCCACUGCCACACACUGUAAGUACUCUUUUUGCACGCGCUUCCAUGGAGAUCUGCGUAAACACAACAGCGAGUGGAAAUGGAGGAGCUACUGAACACGAUGUCAUGUGACUGAGAAAGCCAAAAAACUCAUUGCUCCUCCUGUUUUUUCAAUUGCAGUCCAGAUGCAAGAGUUUUAUCGCUGAGUAAAAGUGUGAAAUAUUUUUUACAGAUGUCCCCCUGAAAAACUAAUCCUGUUUGGAUAGGGCUAUUAUUAGUUAAAUCAUAUAACACAUAUACAGUACUUUCUGUCAGAUCAGAGUCUCCAGUGUAUCUCCAAAAAUCCACAUUACAGGAAAAAAAUAAACCUUCUCACUUUAAGAGAUGUGGGCUGGUUUUAAAUCAAAUUUCCAUCCUCCAUAUGGACGAAGACUGUGAUGUAACAGUUUUGGGAUUUUUGAAGUGGUUUGUUUUACAGUUUGUUUGAUUAGUCCAGGUUUACACCUCUCAAUAUUCAAUUAUGCCAAGAUAAAUGCAGUGAUAGGACAAGUUUAAUUAGAUUACAUCAAGCAAGUAAGCGAGCAUAUGUCUUAUAAUAAUCUCAACAGUCACAAAAUGAGAAAUUUUAGAAACACACUGACUAGAAUUAAGAUGAACUUACAUUUCAAGAGUCCGUAUUUGCAGUGCACAGAUCUGAACAUCAGACACUUCUGGAUUUCUGAUGUGUAGAAAGGCACACACUUUUAGCUGCAACUUCACACAUCAUGAAAGCUGAAUACUGCUUGACCUGCUUUACAUACUGGCACUUUGAGCUGUUUUUAGCUGGUGGCUUUACUUUAGCAGGAUGUAAAUUCAUGAUUGAAAUAGAGCAAAUCUUUAUUUUUAUCUUUAUACUAUAAGGAUUUAAUGUUACCAUGUUUAACUGUUUUUUAAAACACAUUUGUUCAAGUUCUUGACUGAAAGCUGGACUUUUAGUUUAGGGUUGUUCCAAAAAAGGUGUCUACUAAAUCCGUCUUGUCCCAAAGUGUUGUAUUUCACUGCUAACGGCUGUUUUAGAGGCGAUUUUGAGAGCUAUUUUCCCUAUGCGCUUCAAACUUUGUGUUUUUAAACUUACAUCUUGUACACUCACACAAUAGUUCUUACAAACAUCAAAACAUCAUGAAUUGUUCAUAAAUUCUGACAUGCCAAAACUAAAUCAUGUCCCAUGACUUUUGCCAUAUACCAUGGAAGUUCAAGAACAUGGACAUGCAAAAAUCUCUUCCAUUAAAUGGGGUUGUUAUUUGUGCUAGAGAUCAUCUGUUCAAAUGAAAAAUUCUAGCCAACUUCAACAACUUCAGAAAUGGAAUAUCCCAUCCUUUUGCACCCACUAUCAGACCUCACUUCAAUUCCCACACAAGAUAACACCUUAUCACUUAUACAGGUGUGGAUAUUCUCAAACUGUGUCCUGAUGCAACACUUAAUUUUUUAAUCAGUUUAUUGAUAUACUGCCCAUGACUUUUAGCAUGUUAGUGAAAGGCUAUAUUAUUUUCAAAAUACACUGAAUAUACUAAAGUGCCCAAAGAAAUUAUUAAGUUCCUGGGAUAUAGACAGAAACAGAUAUUUUUUUCUGGGAUUGUUGCUUACUUAAAAUAAUGUUCUUGUGUUAUUUAUGGAUUUAAGCAUACCUUUUUUAUUAGGGUAACAAAAAUGUAUUAUUUUACCUUUUAAAAAUAGACCAAACAUAGGCUCUUAUCUUCCAUAAGUUGCACCUUUAUUUUUGGAAGUGUGUUUUAAGAGCUAUUCCUUUUUUUAACAUUCCAAAUUGAAUGCAAUUUAAAAAAUAUCCUUGAUAAAUGAACACAUUUCUACAUGACUUCAUUUUAACAUUAGCAUAUGAAGAGCUGUUGAGGCAGUUCUGUUCAUAAUAGAGACAGAUAUUGUGCUAAUUCACAUAAUGCAUUCAGACAGAAUGUGGGCUCAACACAGCAUUCAGACACAUUGUUACCCAAUGUCUGUUGGCACGUCCCAUAUGCCCAAACUGUUUAAAACAAAAAGCAGUGCCAGCCUGCAAAGUAAUGACUCUCAGUAAUCAGGUUGAUUGUAUGAGUGUUCAAUCCGUGCAAAUGCAAAUGGACCAGCCUGUCAGAUCUGAUGGUGUCACAGACUAAAACACUUGUGUUUCACAGUUCAACACUGUUUAUCUGGCUCUGCUGGGACAGUUUCUAUUAGAGUCCAAAGUCUUUUUACUGUUUUGUUGGGUGUUAAAUUAUGCUCUAACAUUUUGGGUUUAUUGAUCAGUGAGUUUGAUUUAGAUUUCAGUGACAUCAAUAAGAAAUGUAUUUAAGACCGUAUGCUCCUAAAGGUUCCUAAAGGUUUUAUGAUGUGGUGUUGAAUAGAGUAGCAAACAUAUUUUAAAUUAUGCAGAAUCUGGCUCAGUUAUUGGCUCAGAAAUUGCUGCUUCAGUCCCUAGUGAUGCCAGAGUAAUCCAUGCUUGGGUGUCCUGGAGAGCACAACUAGCCUAGCUCUCUCUGGGUAAUGCUCAUCAGUUCAGACGUAUGUUAGCUAAUGUAACAUAAUUGGCAGUUAGGGUUCUCCUCCAAGUGUGUUGAGCUGUCCAAUAAUGUUGCUUUAAUAGCAGUUCUUAAAAAUGUAGUGGAGCUACAUUUUUAAGUGGACAACCUUUAUCCUCUCGGUUCUGGUAGAGUUGGGUUAAGUCUUAGCUUGUAGGUGUGAUUUGGAACUGAUUAAAUUUGUAGUUUAUAUAGAGGUUAAACUUAGAAUAAGGUUAUUUUAUUUACAGCCACAGCUUUACCUACCCAUCCAUCGAAAAGUUCUGGUAUGGUAUCGCUCAAUGGCUGUAGAAAACAUAGAAAGUGCAAUGUCUCUCAAAGUGAAGCCACCAAAGGUCUAGUGUCUUUGCUGGCAGGUUUUAUUAUUAUGUGUAGCUCUGCCAAAUUUUCCCUGUGCUUAUAUUGACACUUUUUUCUAACAGAAAUCAUUUUUUAAUGUGUUUUGCCCAUUAGUUCCAUGUUUGCCCUAUGUAGAUCAAUGAUCGAACCAGGAGUGGGUUAAAUAUGGGCCCUUGAUGGGACACAUGGUAUUGGUGUGGGCAGUAAUGAUUGGGCCCAUUUGGUAAACUCAGCUGGGUCCUAGUAAAAACAUAAAAACCCUAAUGCAAGUAUGUUCCAAAGAUCAAAAUGUUUCAUGUGUUAUGCUAAACGGUGUGGAUCUAGACUACAUGUUUGCGGUCUAUUGCCAUGGCUGGAUUUUGGUAAAGACCUUCUACAGAAAAUAUCCUAUAUAGGCUCAAAGCCCUUAAUUUGACCCCUCAUAGUCAAUAUUCAGCUCCUUCCUAAACGGGCAUUCAUAGUGUCCUGCAUCUGCACUAAAGAAGCACAGAAUGUAUUGUGUGACAACUAGACUUGCCAAAUGUUUUUACUUCAUUUCUUCCUUUUGUUCUUUGGUUUCCAUUGGCUGUGUUCUCUCUAAAACUGUGGUGUUUACAGAAAGGCUCAUUUUCAGUCCACAUAUUGUGCUCCAGUCUGAACCCGCUGGUUAUGAAAACUGGGGCGAUAUCUUUCAGUGUGACUUACAAUAAGUGUCAUUUUCCAAAGGCAACUUGGAGAGAUCACAUAACAAAGUACGCUCACGUCCACCAUUUAGUGUGUCUAAAUCAUAGCUCUCAAAAAGAUCAGUACUAAUGCUGCGUUCCACUUAAACUUGGAUGUCGGAAUUUCCUAGUUUUUAUUGUCUCACAGGUCAGAAUUACUACCCAAAGUAAAAGAAGAGUAGAACCUCAUCAAACCUGAACUUAGACAUCAAGAUCACUCUUCUACACAUCAAUAGUUAUACAGUAUUGUCUCCAACUGCUAUUUGUGGACAUGUUUUAAUGGUGUUUAUUAAUGCUUAAAAUACUGCUAAUCAACUAGUGUUAUCAACUCGUAUUUAUAACUACUGUUGAAGCCAAAACCACUGCUCUCCUGGAACAGUGCUAACCUGGGAUAAUGCUUUUAGUAGUCAGGUCAAGGUUGAGAUUAUUAGUGACAGCACCAGGUGUUUUAAUAUGGUACAUUUUUGAUAUUCCCAACUUUUUUUAAUCAUAUUAAAAUAAAUCUAUAAUAGAACAUUUUAAUUUUAAUCAUUUAAACAGUGCUAACUGAGGACAAUGCUAACCUGAAACAAAGCUAACCCUGCUAUCCUAGAACAGUGCUAGCCUAGGACAACGCAAACCUUAAACAAUGCUUGCCUGGGACACUGCUGUCCUGGAACAGUGCUAACCUGGGAUAAUGCUAACCUGAAACAAUGCUAACACUGCUAUCCUGGAACAGUGCUAGCCUAGGACAAUGCAAACCUUAAACAAUGCUAGCCUGAGAAAAUGUUAACCCUAAACAAUGCUAACACUGCUAGCCUGGGAAAAUACUGACAGUGUGUUAACCCGAGAUACUGCUAACAAUGCUGACCUGAAAUAAUGCUAACCUAAAACAAUGCUAACACUGCUAGCCUAGGAAUACACUGACAGUGUUAACCUGGGACAAUACUGAUAAUUCUAGCCUAAAACUAUGCUAACCUGGGACAGUGCUAACAAUGCUAGCAAACCUGGAACAUGAAAAGUGGGAUACAUUUUGCUUUUAUUUCCCCUAAAACACUGUUAAGUGAGUGUGAAACCAGUUCUGGUAAACUCUGAAGUCUUUAGCUACAUUAUUGUUGGAGAUUAAUGUAAAAUUUGAGUGGAAUGCACUCAAUGCACUUCUGUGAGACAUUAUUUUCAGCUCUGAAAUCCGACAUCUGAAAUAAUUGGAACGCAGCAUAAGUAAGUGUAGUUUUAUAUACAGUCUAGAGAACUGUAUUUUGUAUUAUAAGAGCACUACAGUUCAUUAGCUGUAUCUGUUUACUCCAACUCUAGCUGGCUGAUUGUUCUGGACGGGCGUUGAUUGUUAAUUUCUGUCGAUUGUUAACGUGUCUCUUCAUGUGUCCGCUUAACUCUGGUGUAAUCUUCCUGUGGCUCUAGGUGUUCGCUGUUCUAACUGUGUGUAAAUGUUCACUAUUCUAUUUUUCAUAAUAUUCUGACAGUGUACUGAAGCAAAAGGUGACAUUUUCAUUGGACAGAUGUGUGACUUUGUAUUAUUAUUGUUACUAUGAUGAUUAUUAUGACUAUUAUUACGAUUAAUGUCAUUUAUGUCAUGAGAGAAAAAUAAUUUUUAUUCAGUACGAAACUGUAAUGUUAGAAUCACAGUUCUGUUUUGGAAUAGAACCGUGUCUAUUGUAAAAUCAUAAUGUGAAGUACAUUUUUUUAAUUGGAGUAAAUUAGAUUUAAAGUA